AUGCAGGACUUCACUGACAAGGUCAUCUUCAUUGCAGGGGGCUCCAGCGGACUCGGCAAAUCUAUUGCAGAGGUUCUGGCGGCACGUGGGGCACAUGUCACGAUAUUUGGCCGCAGGCCAGAUGUGUUGCAGGCGACCAGGACGGAGCUCUUGAAGCUUGCAACCAGUCCGGUGCAGGAGAUCAACGCCGUUACUCUGGAUUUAAUGAACGCAGCGCAAGUCAAUGAGGCCUUCCGAGAGCAGCCGCGACUUCCUGACGCACUGUACUGCGUUGCCGGUGGUUGCGUCUCGCAGCUGGGCUUCUUCACCGACCUCACAAGCCAGCAGCUGGAGCAAUGCAUGCAGAACAACUACCUUACGAGCGUGUUUCCAGCUCAUUCCAUCCUCAAACUUUGGAUAGAACAGGACGAGACGAAGCCCUCGAAAGAAGGGCGGAAAACCCGACAGCUCAUUUUCAUCAGCAGCGCCUCUGCACUCUGCAACGUCCCGGGCUACAUCGCCUACGCAGCCCCCAAGUGCGCCCAACGAUCGUUGGCAGACACACUCCGGCAGGAGGCCGCAAUCUACUCGACACCUACAUGCCAGUACAAGGUGCACUGCGCCUUUCCAAACACAUUCAUGACAGAGGCUUUCAUAGACGAGCAGAAGACGAAGCCUGAGCUCACAAAGCGCAUCGAGUCGUCCGACGGGCCCCUCGAGAAGCUGCAGUCCAAGAUCCCCUCCGCCGAGUUUAUUGCAGAGUACAUUGUCAAGAGGGUCACCAAGGGCGAUUUUGCCGUCGUCAGUGACUUCGACACCGAGGUCCUCUGGAGUAAUAUGCUCGGCUCGUCGCCAAAGAGAGGGUUUGGCUUUGUCGACUCCAUGUUGGGUCUGCUUUCCGGCUUCCUCGUCUGGCCUGUGCUAAGGUACACCUGGACACGAAUGUGCACCCAAGUUCAGAAAAAGGACACCUGA